GGAUAAGCCGUCGCUCGCACCUCCCCACUCUGACCAAUAUGAUAAUAUCAGUGGCGACGCCAAUCAAAUGUCAACCUCCACGCGCACGUUAGCGCAGCCUCUUCACUGCCUCGCUCUGUUCGCCGACGAGCGACGGCGCCGAGAUCGACCCCAUGGCUCUCCUGCUCGAGGUGCGCACGGGGAAUGGCGGGAAAGCAAGCGAUCGCUCUCCUCUCUCCUGCUCGCUCACCCGAUCGUCGUCCCCCGAUCGAAAGGGCUUGACCCACUAGAGAGAGCUUGUCUGCCCGCUGUAAUAUCAAGUCAGCUGCAGAUUAAGGGUUUAGUAUUGCAUGCUUUGACUUUCUAUAUCUUUGGAAAUGGGAAUGAUUAUGCUGCUCUCAACAGUGUUGAUCAAUGUCUCGGUCUCCUCCAAAGUAUUCCCCAAGACGUGUUGGACAAAGGCAAAGCUGCAGCAGAACCUUCUAGGAUUCCAGGAGACAUGGACAUCCAAAUAUCCUCCGAAUCAUACAGAUUAGGAUAUUGGGAGUUCCUUAGUGUGAUGGUAUUUCGGUGUACCAUUCUGAAUGAAAUUCAUAUCAUGGCAGAUGAGAGGUAACUCCGUCGUACCUUCAUUCCUCGAAGAAGUGUUGUAGGAUGUGUCCGUGCUAUAGCAUCGUUCCUCAAUCAACCAUAGACCGAAUCAGGUCCUCUGCGCAUCAAAGCAUGUUGCAUCAUAUCUUGACCCCUUCAGGGAAGCUCAAACUACCAUAGCUAGAUGACAAGUUCAAAAGAAUGUGCAUUGCUGUAUCUUCUUCACCAUCACACGAUGCGACUAUGGAUUUCUAUUUCUUCGUGUUCUACACAAGAUUUUUGGCUAGAGCAGUUCUGGUGAUGAUCUUCUCGGGCAUGAA